AUGGAUGUUAGAACAGUUCUUCACAUGAAAGAAGGGGAAGACAAUGCAAGCUAUGCCAUGAAUUCAUCAAUUCAGAGUCUAGUAUCAAAGAAGGCAAAGCAUGCACUUGAAAAAAGCAUACAACAGUUUUGUCGACUGAAUUUGCCCUCAAAAGAGUGCAUAAUAGUAGGAGAUUUGGGAUGUGCAUCAGGGCCAAAUACUUUGGCUUCCGUCAAGGAGAUUAUAGAGCUCAUUGACAGUGAAUCCCGUAAAAUGAAUUAUGGGCUACCCUACAUUCAAGUUUUCUUGAAUGAUCUCGAGUCCAAUGAUUUCAACUCUAUUUUCAAGUCAUUGCCACUGUUUUAUGAUAAUCUUGAGAAAUAUGGGCGUUAA